GCUACAUCAUCAAGUGCUGAUUUGGGACUUGUUUCAGCUGUCAAUGGUAGUUGUGAGUAUGAAAGGCCAUUGAAGUGUUCAUAAAAGCCAAGCCCACAAACAAAACAACAGAGCAUCAUUUCUCAUCUAUGGAAAAUGACUUGGUGGAUGGAUAACUUCUUGUUUGAAAAUUGAAGUGUCGAUAUGGUUAGUCGUACAGUUUGUUCAAAAAAAGGAAGAGCCCCUUUAAUCCCCCACCCGAAUCCAAUGUGGAUGAGACCAAGUGACACAAUGGGGAAGGCUUCUCUCAAGGUAUCCAAAGAUACUCUUCACAACAUUAAGGGGGUCAACGAGUAUGAGUAUGUCAAUGCAGAGGGAUUGUCAAACAUUCCCAGAAGCAUGUCGAUGAAUGCUGCUGGUAGAAGGAAGCCAAGGGUAACAGAAGAUGCUGCAGUAAAGCAUGGAAAUGUAAGAGUCCAUACAGAGGUCUUCACCUUUCGAGAGCUAGCAAUGGUCACUGAGAACUUCAAUAUCAAUCUGCUUGUUGGUGAAGGAGGUUUUGGGAGGGUCUACAAGGGAUGCCUCAAGAAAUCAAACCAAAUUGUGGCUGUGAAGCAGCUGGAUAGAAAUGGUGUGCAAGGAAACAGGGAAUUCUUAGCAGAGGUUCUGACACUGAGCCUGGUUCACCACCCGAAUCUUGUCCGGCUAAUCGGAUACUGUGCUGAUGGACAGCAGAGAAUAUUGGUCUAUGAGUACAUGCCAAAUGGAUCUUUGGAAGAUCAUCUCUUUGAUUUAUGUCCAGAUAAGAAGCCACUGGAUUGGCACACUAGGAUGAAAAUAGCUAAAGGUGCUGCUAAAGGCCUAGAGUGCUUGCACGACGCAGCAAAUCCUUCAAUCAUAUACCGGGAUUUCAAGCCUUCCAACAUCUUAUUGGAUGAGAAGCUCAACCCAAAGCUAUCCGACUUUGGACUUGCUAAGUUGGGUCCAACAGGAGGAGAGGAUCAUGUGUCCACAAGGGUGAUGGGGACGUAUGGCUACUGCGCACCGGAAUAUGCUCAGACAGGACAGCUGACUGCAAAAUCUGAUGUCUAUAGUUUUGGGGUUGUGUUCCUCGAGCUCAUUUCUGGAAGAAGAGCUAUUGACAACCAGAGAUCACCUGAAGAGGAGAAUCUAGUAACUUGGGCAAAGCCACUUUUCAAAGACAGGGCGAAGUUCACUUUGGUUGUGGAUCCAUUGCUCGAAGGAAAUUUCCCAAUGAAGGCCCUGUACCAAGCACUAGCUGUUGCAGCAAUGUGUCUGCAAGAGGAAGCCAACACGCGGCCCCUGAUUGGAGAUGUCGUGACAGCACUUGAAUACUUGGCCAGCAGGACAGAUGAAGUUUUAAGUGAGACACAGCCGUAAGAAGAUCAUAUCCGGAUGGUUACAUUUUCAUGGAGAAAACAUUAAAGAGAGAAUUUGUGAUUCUUUUGUGUGCAACAAAGGUUCUUGCUGUGCUCAACACAUUGGAACUUUGUCGUAUGCCUGUUAUGACUGGUUUUGUGUAGGAAGGACCGAUUUCUAUCAAGAAUGCUUCCACUGUAUUAUUGUGAAAUGGAAUUUGCAAGCAGUGAUCAAAAGCACAGUUGUAUAUGAUGAAAUCUGUGAUUGUUUAGUUCUGGUUUCAUUUAAAACUGAGGUGAAGAUGUUAACUUCAUA